GAGGCGCGGGAAGCGCCAAAGGCCGGCGGUGGCCGCGGGGGGCUAGAGCAGCGCCAGCUACGUCUGCCCACUCCCGCCGGGGCUUCUGGAGGCGCGAGGCCUGAGGGCUCGGCUUGUCCAGAAGUAAGUGCAAGCGGUGCUGCCUACCCACUGACUGUGAUUCGGGUGUGGAAGAGGUGUGAAGAGAGCGCGUAGGAGUCGCGGAAUCCGCCUUUCUCGCCCAGCGCGGAGCUCGCGUCCUUCUCGUCCGGGGCUGCUUCCGGUCAGCGACUUGUUGCUCAGGCCCCGGGGCGCCGCAUCCUCCCGCGAUUCUGGUGCGCUGAAGGCGGGUGCGGGUGCGUGCGUCCGGGGGAAGAUAAAAGACUUUUUUGAUUCAUGAAGAAUCUGCUCACUAAGAAGCAUAUAUCAAGCCGCUGGUCAAAUUUCCAUACAAAAGGAAUUAAGCAGAGAAUGCAGAGGAAGGUGGACUCUAGGUCUUUUAGAGAUGGUGCAGUUAAGAAACCUUAUCCUCCAAAGAUACUGGCCAACAAGAAGUCGUCUGCCUUCUCUGGGAUCCAGAGAGAGCUACCUAGUGCUGGUCAUCCAGUGCAGUAUCAUGCCUCUCAUGGUUGGACCCGAAGGAACCAGUUACGAGAAUUGCGCAUCAGAUGCGUGGCCAGAAAGUUCUUAUAUUUGUGGAUUCGAGUAACUUUUGGAAGAGUAUUUCCCUCUAAAGCCAGGUGUUACUAUGAGCAGAGAAUACUACGGAAGGUCUUUGAAGAAUGGAAAGAAGAGUGGUGGGUUUUCCAGCGAGAGUGGAAACUCUGUGUUCGAGCAGACUGCCACUAUAGAUAUUACUUGUACAAUCUGAUGUUCCAGACCUGGAGGACCUAUGUGCAUCAGCAGCAAGAGAUGAGGAACAAGUACAUGAGAGCUGAGAAUCAUGAUGCAAAGCAAAAGAUGCGGCAGGCCUGGAAGUCCUGGAUGAUCUACGUGGUUUUUCGUAGAACCAAACUUCAGAUGCAGACCACUGCCCUGGAGUUUAGGCAGCGAAGUAUUUUAUGGGUGUGGUGGAGCCACUGGAGGCAGCAGCUGGGAUGGGUCCGUGUGGGCCAUGCCCUCCAUGCAUCAGCUGUGAAGCACAGGGCCCUGAGCCUCCAGCUGCAGGCUUGGUCACAGUGGCAGGAACAGCUCCUGUAUGUCCAGAAGGAGAGACAGAAGAUGGUCUCCGCAGUGAAACACCAUCAGCACUGGCAAAAGUGGAAAUCCCUGAAGGCCUGGCUUGGAUACCUGCAGGUCCGCAGAGUGAAGAGACAGCAGAAGGACAUGGCUGAGCGAUUCCACCGGGUCACUGUGCUCCAGACACACUUCUGUGAUUGGCAGUGGGCCUGGGAGCGGAAGGAGAGUUUGUAUGCCGUGCACGCACGCGUGGAAGGGCUGGCCAGGAAGAUGGCAAUGCGGCGGGCCUUUACUCAUUGGAAACACUAUGUGCUGCUGUGCACUGAAGAAGCGGCCCAGUGGAAGGCGGCAGAAGAUCACAGCAGACACAGCUUGCUGCACUUCUGUUUUCGAGCCCUAAAAGACAAUGUGACCCACGCCCGUCUCCAGCAAAUAAAAAGGAACCUCGCUCACCAGCAGCAUGACAUAAUGCUGCUGCACAGGUUCUGGAACCUCUGGCAGUCUCGAAUUGAGCAGAGGAAAGAGAGGGAGCAGCUCCCCUCACUGCGUGCUGCCUGGGACCACUGCAGAAUAACGUUGCUAUGCAAGUGUAUCAAAUUGUGGUUACGGUAUACUCAGAAGAGACGAUACAAGCAGCGGCUGCAGUCCAGAGCAGACAGUCACUUCCAGCAGAGAGCCCUGCCUGUGGCCUUUCACGCAUGGAGAAAACUCUGGCGAUGGCACCAGCAGGAAAGUGUCCUCAAUGCAAGAGCAGCACUCUUUCACAGGGAAAUGUUGGAGAGGAAAGUAUUUGCUGUGUGGUGGCAGAAGAUGUUUCAGCAUCGAGAAAACCGCCUGGCAGAGAGAAUGGCCAUCCUUCAUUCAGAGCGGCAGCUUCUGCGAAGGUCCUGGUCCACGUGGCACCAACAGGCAGCAGCUUGUCACCAGGAGCGGCAGCGGCAAGCAGUGGCCUGUGCCCACCACCACCACAGACAGCUCAGGAAGGCUUUCUGCAUCUGGAGGAAGAGUGCCCGAGGGCUGAGAACAGAGAAGAUGGGCCUAAUGCUUGCUGCAGAAUUCCACUCGGUACGGCUCCUCCACUGGGCCUGGAACAGGUGGAGGGAGUGCCUGGCCCUGCGUGAUGCCGAGCAGCGGGAGCUGACGCGCGCCAACCUGCAUCACCGGCACACGUUGCUGCACAGGGCGCUGCACGCCUGGGGGCAAAGUAAAAACAAGUGCUGCUGGAGGUACCAGCCUUACCGUCCAAGUGGCCUAUUGUCCGGGCACUCUUCUGACCUUGGGACUCUGGGCUCUUGGCCUCUGCCCCCUCUGUGUCCUCUUGGUCUCCCACAGACUUACCAGAGCCAGGUGCAGAGCAUCCUACGGGAGGUGGCGGCCAGGGAGAGCCAGCACAAGAGGCAGCUGCUAUGGAAUGUGUUCCAUCGUUGGAGAGAGAACACCAUGGCCCGUGUGAAUGAAGCAAAGAAAACCUCCCAAGCAAGUGCUCACUAUAGGCGGACCUUGUGUUCCAAGGUCCUGGUCCAGUGGCGGGAGGCUGCAUCAGUGCAGAUAUACUACCGACAGCAGGAGGACUAUGCCAUUAAGGAGGCCCAGAAGGUGCUGGAUAGGGGAUGUCUCAGGACCUGGUUUCAGCGCUGGCGGGACCGAGGCCAGAGGGCAGCCCAGCGGAGAGCCCAGCGGAGAGCCCAGCUCGAGAGGGCAGCUGGGCAUCACCACCGGUGGCUGCUGCUGCAGGCCAUGGCCCAGUGGAAGGUGCACCAUCUGGGCUGUGUCAGGAAGCGGCUCCUGCAGAGGCAGGGUGCCCAGCUCCUGGCCCAGACUCUUAGCCGGGCCUACUUCCGCCAAUGGAAACAACAGCUGGCGAACAGGAAGCGAGAGCAGCGGGGCACGGCCCGGGCCUUGUGGUUCUGGUCCUUCUCACUACAGGCAAAGGUGUGGGCCGCGUGGCUGGGCUUGGUACUGGAAAGGAGGAGAAAGAAGGCGCGACUGGAGCGAGCUGUUCAGGCCUACCACCAGCAGCUCCUUCAGGAAGGUGCCACACGCCUCUUACGGUUUGCAGCCAGCAUGCAGGCCUUCCGGCAGCAGCUGCAUGCCCAGCAGCAGGUGCAGGCGGCCCACAGUCUCCACCGUGUGGUCCAUCGCUGUGCCAUGCUGUGGAAACAGAAGGUUCUGGGCCAGGGCAGGGAGCCUCAGCCCCUGACAUCCACCAUGCCCAGCAGGAGAGUGACAUUUGACAGUCCCCUUUCCACCUGUGUUGCUGCUGGGGCUGGGGAUGCCGCCCUGGAGGCCAAGAGGACACGAGAUCCUCAGUCACGGGGAGCUCUGGGCAGCUUGGCCCUGGCUGCUGGAGACUCCCAACUUCUAGAGCUCAAUGCUGCCCGCUUGGCAAGAAAGCAGCCUCGACGCCCACAUUUCCUGCUGGAGCCCAUGCAGAGCCAGGGGCCCCUGGGGUGUCGCACCCUUGGGAGACCAGGGCCUGAGGCACCGUGGGAGUGUAACCCAGGUGUGACCCAGCCAGCGGGCCCUUCCCUGAUGACGCCUUGCCUGCCAGAGGCCUGGACAGCACUGGUCCCAGGCAGCCCCCUGCCCCAGCCCAAGACCCUACCAAGUCACCCUGGCCCAAAGUUGCCCCCCACAUUGAAUAUGGGCCCAGAACUGCUGCCCCCUUCCUCCUUCAUGCCAUGUGGGGUGGAAGCACCUGCCAGGGCAUCUACACAGCCCAUCACCCCUGGGCUUGUGCCCCAGGCCUCUCCAUCUGCAGCCAGUGUCCCCCACCCCCACCUGCUGCUUCCUGGGGACUUCACAGGCACUGGGCCCGGGCCAGGCUCUGCAGGCACAGGUGUGUGCCUAAGGCCUGUCCACACUGUGAGCGCUCAGGCCCCUGCCCGGAAUCCCUCCAUCCAGCCGUGGCGUAGCCGGGAGGGUAACCAAGAUCAAGCUUAUUCUCCUGUUACCAUGGGCCAUACUGACCUGGAGGCCGAGCUUGAGGGCAUCCAGCAGCAACUGCAGGACUACCAGACCAUGAAGCAGAACCUCUCGUCCUGCCAGCGGCAAGCCAGAAGCCUGCGCCGGUGGCUGGAACUGAGCCAGGAGGAGCCCAGGCCUGAGGACCAUGAAGCAGAGCAGCAGGUGCAGGAAGAACUGCAGGAGGUGAGACCCCAGGCAGCCCUGGGACAGCUCCCUUGGCUGUGCUUUGUCUCAGCUCAGCCUCCCGUCCCCCAGGUGGAGUUGCAGAUCCAGCAGCUGGCCUCUGAGCUCCAGGCCCAACGCCAACCCAUUCGUUCCUGCAUCGCCCGUGUCCAGGCCCUGCGGCGGGCUCUGUGCUAGUCAUUGCCCCAGGGAGGCCUCAGCCCACCUCCAGGAACAGAACGCAAAGCUGCAAUGAGUUUUAUUUUUUAUUUCAAAAUGUUGCAAUUAAAUGAAUUACUGUUCA